CAAACUCAAGCACUCCGGGUGAAGAGAGAGCAGUAAGCUGUGCGCUGUCACAUCGCCACUCGCUAUCUUCUCCCUCUCCUGUGUGUCGGCUUCACUCGCCCCUCUCUCUCAACCGUGUACGUUCUCUCACUCCCUCUCGCCGGCUGUCAACGGGAAGCAUCAGCAUAGUCUCUCUGGCUUCAGGAUUUUUCCUGGGAGAAAUUUGCAUCAGUGGAUACUACAUCCAGUGAUCGCCAAAGGGUUAUCGGUUCUCAAGGCCGGCCGGUGAUGGUGUGACAGACGCAUCUUUCACACUCUGAUCUUCCCGAGGGGAAGCCACCGAAGAUUAGCCAGCAGAUGAUGCAUCAGGGAAAGGACGAAAGGCCGUGUUUAUCUGCUGUCCUCGUGUCACAGAGAGCUUCUGAGGAGCAUUCAGCUGCCAGCAACAUCAGCAGGCCUCAACCAUCCAGCUGUUUACCUUACCAUCACAGCUAAAGUGAUGAGUCCCAGCCUUUGCUUUCAGGACUAAAAGUGGACAGGAAGUCAAUUGGCUGGACUAUGAUUCUUAAAGAUGACUCUGGUGUGACGGGCUGGAAAUGGCGAGUGGGGAACUACCUGCUGCUUUCUGUGUCUCUCAUUGCCAUGCAAGUGCGGUCGGACCUGGAAUUCCCAAAGCACAGGCACUAUACAUGGAAAACUGGUCAAUGGGGUAGGUGUAUUGGAGAGGAAUGUGGAACAGGUGGAGUUCAGUCCAGGACCGUGUGGUGCAUCCACACCGAGGGCUGGACCACGCACCACUCCAACUGCCGCCACGCAAACAAACCUGAGAGCCAGAGGCCUUGUUUCAAAGUGUGUGAGUGGCACCAAGAACUCUUUGAAUGGGAUGUGACCGAAUGGGGACUGUGCGUUCUAGCCCCCUUCCAGUCCAACGAGCUCAGGCUGCGAACAUCAGAGUGCAUCACAGCUCAGCAUGGCAUUCAGAGACGGAAGGUCCACUGCGUCCGCACCUCAAACCGCACGGCCGUCACGGGGAGAAUAUGCGAUUUCUUCUCCCCUCGCCCGGCACUGGAGCAGGCCUGCUUGAUCCCGUGUCCACACGACUGCGUCGUUUCUGAAUUCUCCUCCUGGUCUGGCUGCAGUAGAACGUGCGGCUCGGGUCUCCAGCAUCAGACCCGCCACGUGCUGGCGGCACCGAUGUACGGAGGAGCCAACUGCCCCAACCUCACCCAAACAAGGACUUGUGCAAACUUGUCACCUUGCCCGGUUGGCGAGAGCGAGCAUCAGCACAGCCUUAAAGUCGGUUCGUGGAGUGAGUGCAGGCAGCCGCAACAUAAGGGACUCUGGAUGGGUGGUAGGACCAUGCUGGACUUUAGCACGGGAGAAACUGAGAGGAAUACGGUGAAACGGCAUAUCCAGAGUUCCCAGCAUCACCACCAUCAUCACCAUCUCCACCAUCAUCACCACGGCCUGAAGGGCCUGGAUGUAGAGAUUGGGUACCAGACGCGACAAGUUCGUUGCGUGCGCAGUGAUGGGAAGAAUACAAUGCUGAGUCUUUGUACCCUUGACAAUGGCCCUGGAACGUUCCAGUCCUGCAUUAUGCCCAGGGACUGUGAGACGUCUGAUUGGUCAGCUUGGAGCCCAUGUUCAAAGACGUGCAGGGCGUCAGAUAUGUCUCCAGGUUUUCGCGUCCGGAGCCGAGGAAUAACGCAAAAUCCCAUUGGUCACGGGAAAGAAUGUCCCACUCUUGAAGAAAAGGAGGCCUGCAACAUCAUCGGAGAUUUGCUUCCGAACUGUCCUAGGUAUAUUUGGAAGAGCACAGACUGGGGAGACUGUCAGGUGGCCCCGCUCCUCAGCCAACAGGACAGAAGGCUUAACAAUGUUAGCGUUCUCUGCGGUGGAGGAAUUCAGAUCAGACAGCUGUACUGUGUGCAGGUUCCAGAUAACUCCACCCCUCACCACAGAAAAGAGGUGUCUCGGCCAGUGAGUGGGCAUCUGUGUGCAGGAGAUUUACCCUCUGCAGUACAGCCCUGCUCCAAACCAUGCCCACAGCAAUGCCUGCUUUCAUCCUGGUCCUCCUGGGGGACCUGUCUCCACGACAACUGCAUGGAAACCCAAGGACGGAAGGGCUACAGGCAGAGGAGGAGAGAGGUGCUGGAGGAGGGCUCUGGAACAGAUAACUGUGCCCACCUCCUGGACUCCAUGCCCUGUGAGGAUCCCGUGUGCUUUCAGUGGCAGAUACAGUCUGAGAGCGCAUGUGUGCCCAGCAAUGGAAACUGUGGAAAUGGCACCAGGACUCAAAUUGCCGCUUGCGUCAACUCUCAAGCAGGGCAGCUUAUCCCUGAAGAUCUCUGUGAAGAUGACCCACCUCCUAAAGAGGUGUCCUGUGAGAUGGCGUGUCCAGGUGACUGUGUGCUCAGCUCAUGGUCCGACUGGUCCUCCUGCUCUCACAGUUGUUCCAGUAAAAACUCAGAAGGGAGGCAGAGCCGCACACGAACCGUAUUGGGAUUACCAGGGGAAGAUAAGACGUGUCCAGCUGCUACUGCUCUGGAGGAGUGGAGAACUUGUAAUGAUCAUCCAUGCGUCAUAUUCUACUGGGAAGCGUCGUCAUGGGGACCGUGCAUUGAAGAUUCCUCCAUGAAUGUAAAUGGAACGGGCUACUGGAACGGAACGGACACCUGCGCUGCCGGGGUGCAGAUACGUAAAGUGGUCUGCAUGAAAAUGGGCGUCGGGCCGGUUGUUCCCAAAAGGUGUCCAGAUUCUGCUCGACCAGACACGUUUCGGCCCUGUUUGUUGCCUUGUAAGAAAGAUUGCAUUGUGACGCUUUUCAGCGAAUGGACAGCCUGCCCAAACAUAUGUCUGCCAGGGAACGGCAGCGUGCACACACAGUCACGAUACAGGAUCAUUAUCCAGCUGCCUGUCAACGGCGGUCAAGAGUGUCCAGACACGCUGUACGAGGAGAGAGAAUGCGAGGCGCUUUCGGUUUGUCCUACUUACAGGUGGAAGACGCACCAAUGGCAUCCAUGUACUCUGGUCCCAGACUCUGUUCAGCAGGGAAUGACGGGAGCAACGGAAUCAUGUGGGAAAGGAUUAGAGAUGAGAGGAGUAAGCUGUGUGGACGAGUACGAUGAAGUAGCCGCUGUGUCUGAGUGUCUGCGGUGGGCCGGGCCGAUGCCGUCACGCUUCAGGAGCUGUUGGGUGCCAUGCAGGGAUGACUGCACUUUCAGUGCCUGGUCUAAAUUCACAGAGUGCACCGGCUGCGGGAGCCAACGUACCCGUAAACGUACCCUGACAGGGCGGAGCAGAAAACAAGAGCGUUGUCAGAAAGAAGACUUGUACCCUCUGGUGGAGUCCGAGCCAUGUCCGUGUGAUGAGUUUGUGUCUCGGCCGUAUGGUAACUGGUCGGCUUGUAUUCUGUCAGAGACCCCGGAGCAAGGAUCUCUUCAGGGUUGGAGAGGUCGCAGGGAGGAACGUGCCUGCGGUCAAGGUCUGCGUUACCGAGCUGUAGCCUGUCUGGACCAGCAAAACCAACUGGUUAACCCAGACCUCUGCAGUGAAACAGGUCUGGCAGAAGACGUGUGCCACAUGCCCUGCCCUCUGGACUGCAAACUGAGCGACUGGUCGGCGUGGUCGACCUGCAGCACCCCCUGUGGCAGCGGGCUGAAAAUCAGAUCUAAGUGGCUACGCGAAAAGCCGUUCAACGGCGGGCGGCCAUGCCCCAAAUUAGACUUGAAGAAUCAGGUGUAUGAGGCUGUGCCCUGUCAGGGUGAGUGCGGUCAGUACGAGUGGGUGACAGACCCCUGGUCAGUAUGCACCAUUAAUACGGUGGACAAGCUUCCGGCCUGCGGAGAGGGUGUACAAAGCCAUAAGAUCCGGUGUGUGAGGCGAGGCGGUGGGGAUCAGGUUAGCAGUGUGAACGUGACACUCUGUGACCAAGACGAAAUCCCUCCCCAAGCUCAGACCUGCACGCUGCCGUGCCCUAAUGAAUGUGUGAUGUCCCAGUGGAGUCAAUGGAGCACCUGUCCGAGGCCUUGUGAUGAAAGCGUGGUGAGAAUGAGGACGAGAUACAUGGUGCGCCCCCCGGUGGACGACAGAGGGUGUCCAGAGAGUAACCAGACAGAGACAUGCAUCCUCAACACCACCUGCUUCAAUUAUUACUACAAUGUCUCCAACUGGAGCACCUGUCAGCUGAGCGAACACGCCAUCUGCGGCCAGGGCACGAGGACACGCCUUUUAGACUGCAUCCGUAGCGAUGGCAAAAUAGUGGAUCUGAGCGUGUGCGAAGAGCUGGGCCUGCCUCAGCCGUGGAGACUGGCGAUGAACUGUGCGGUGCACUGCCCCUUUAAUUGCAUCCUGUCUGACUGGUCAUCAUGGACGGAGUGUUCACACACCUGCGGUAGCAAAGGGGUGAUGACUCGCUCUCGCACCGUGCUACAGCAAGCUCACGAGGAGGGACGCCCGUGCGCCUCCCAGCUCUCCCAGACCAAACCCUGUCCCAUCAGCCCCUGCUACACUUGGCUCCUGAGCGAUUGGUCCCCCUGCAGAGUGGAGGGGGCAGAUUGCGGAGAGGGCAGAAGGGAAAGGAACCUGACGUGUGUGGUGCAUUGGACGGACUGGCCGGACAGCCCCCAACCUCAUAAAGCGGUGGAGGACGAGAAGUGUGGAGACCGCGUGAGAAAGGAAAGCGAACAGGAACUUCUGCAGCCGUGUUCAGUCCCCUGUCCAGGAGACUGUCACCUUACCGAUUGGUCGUUGUGGAGUUCCUGUCAGCUGACGUGUUUAGAAGGGCGGAGCUUCGAGAUGGUGGGGCGUCAGGCUCGCUCACGGGCCGUUGUUGUACAAGUGCUGGAGAAUCAAGACAGCUGCCCUCCUCAGGUCUUUGAGACUCAUCCAUGUAAAGGAGGGAAAUGUCACAGUUACGAGUGGAGGACAAGUGCCUGGAAUGAGAAUGAAAGAUCAGUGUGGUGCCAGCGCUCUGAUGGGGUCAAUGUGACAGGGGGCUGCUUUCCACAGAACCGGCCAACCACUGUGAGACACUGUCACCCUCCAUGCACCAAACCGUUCUCCCACUGCAAGCAGAGAGGCGUAUGCGGGUGUGAGAGGGGUUACACCGAAGUCAUGAACACACACGGGUUCCUGGAUUACUGCACCAAGACCCCAGGGGCCGACAACAAGAAGGCGGACGUGAAGACCAGCUCGGGAAGAUUAAAACCAGGAGGGACGACUCAGAUCCAGGACUUCUUCGGCGAAUGGUCUCUGCAGCCGCUCGGCCCAGAUGGAAGAAUAAAACUGUGGGUCUAUGGGUUAACGGCUGGAGGAUUCAUUCUGAUAUUAUUCUUAAUUGCUGUGGCCUUUCUCUUUUGCAAACCAACCAAGCAAAGUAAAAGCACAUCUCCACCACAAAAGCCCUUGACUCUGGCCUAUGACGGAGAUGUGGACAUGUGAUCGAGCUCUCUACAUCUGUAUUUUCAAAGCACAAACCGAACUACUUGUAACAUUCAAAAAUGUUCAUUUCUCCUAUAAAUACCGAGGAGGGAUCCUCUUCAAUAAACAGACAGACAAAAUCUGCAGCACGUGCAAAACUUUGUGCGUCAGGGGUGACCGCUUCGGAUCAGCGAUCACAUGGAAAAUCGUGACAUUCAAGAGUACAAGACACAGCUGACAUUCCACAGACCAGAUGGAGGACUUUGACAUUUCGUUCCUGUGUUUUUCUUACAUGGGGAAGACGAGAUGAAAUAAACACAGAGGGCAUCAGUCACGUUCAUAGCGGUCUGGAAGUGACUUUUGAACAGACAAGGAGAAAAGACUGAUGUGUUAUGCACUAUAUUAGUGCUUUUGUCAUUCUGUAGUUUCCUGAUUUGUGUUCAAACAGAUUUUCUAGUGUUUUUUCAUUGUGAUGCACAGGACUGCUGUAAACUGUUGUUUUCAUCAUUGAAUGUCUCUGAACAUGUGUGUUUGUGAUGCGCACAGUAAACCAAAACACAGCUUAUUUAUACUACACACCGUGAGGUCCGGGUGACGAUCUGCCCCUGUGUUUCCUCCGUCCGGCUCCAUUUGACCUUUAACCUCCUAGCAGCUGAAAAAUGGAUGAAGUCUGCUCUGAGACUGGCUGAUAAUGAACUGUGUCCCUGUGAUGCGUGGUAGGGUUUCCGAAGCGGCUUCCAUCAAUGUGCUGCAGUUAGAGGAGCUCAUUUAGCACAGAUACAGUGGACCAAUGCGUUUGUUAUGUCUGCAUGAGCAUUAUGCUGGAAGAGAGAGCAAGAAGUUAUUAUGAAUGUUGUCAUUUGCUGUAGAGAGUACAGGUGCUGAUUCUGUAUUUUAAUAAUAGUGUUUGACAUUUAUUUAAGCUGGUUUUGCUUCAUUGACUUUAUGUUCUUGCAGGCAUAAUUGUCUUGAUUGUCUGUUUCAUAACGUCGAGAAGGUUUCUUUUGCUCCCUGUAUUGCGAAUGUGAAAAACUAUUUUUUAUCUCUGUGGUCUUCAUUAUAGAUGAUAACGACUGACUUCACUACAUGAGACCUCUAAAUCAUCUUGAUCACAAAGAAUGUACACUCUGUGAUGUAUGUGUUACAUUACAUACAGCACAUCCAUUUAUUUAUUUAUUUUCUUCUUAAGGUGAAACAGUUUCAUCUUUCUUACUUACCCAAGUUGUGUCAUGAGAGAAGCUUCUGUUAUUCAUAUUAUUUGUAAGUGCAGACUGGUUAGACUUCAUCAACAACCGCUUCAGUCCUGUCUGUAUGAGAUUCAUCUGAAUGUUGCCUCUCUUAGAAUUAUGAAAUCAAAAGACUUCGGCAUAUUUCUAAUCUAGUCCACCAUUGUGAAAACCUAAAAUGUGUAUAGCUAGUUUUUUUACCCUGCGGAGAAAUGGCAAUAUAUAUCUGUGUUUAUUUGAAAUCGCAAUUGUACGUGUGCAUGCUGGAUUGAUUUUCUCAUACACUGGAUUAUUCCAAAAGUGGCCUUGCGUUUUUAUGGGCAUUUUCCUCCUAGUUAGCAGUGUGUUCUGUUUGAUUUUUGUUUAUUUAUUUUUCAUUUUUAUUUGCCGCCCACUGACAUUGUUUACAUGGCUUCUUCUAACAUGUUCAGUAUGCUCUCAGCACUAUACUGUAUACAGUUGCCUGUAAAAGACUGACCUUUACUUUACAUGCUACUUUCUGUUUUAAUUGUGUGUACUUGAAAAGUUGAACGAAAACGCUAAUAAAUUGUGAUACUCUG